AUGCAUAGCUGUCUGGUCCCUAAAGUACAGAAUAAUACGAUACUCGGUGAUCAAAAACGAUUCAGACAAGGUCAAUCCAUAGCUGUCUGGUCUGCGGUACCAGCGCUUGGUGCCGCUCGGGGAGAUGCGCCCGCUUAUCGAGGUAAUGUCCAACUUCAGCGAGUCGUUGAUUAUUUGUUAUCCGAAUGCCGUCCGGCAAUCAAUCAACACUCCGAAUUUAUGCUGUUAGCCGGGUUGAAACCGGUGAAAAUCGGAGCGCAAACGAAUUUCGUGAACAUUGGGGAGAGAGUCCCUACCAAGGACCCGUGGUUUCCCGCAACGGUGAAGGGUGAUAUGCAUGAUAUUGGAAAGAAUAUCGUUGCCGUUGUGCUUGGAUGUAAUAAUUUCAAGGUGAGACUG